GAGAGAGUCAGUGUGUAGUGCGGGAGUGAGCGGUGAGGACGCAGGUAGCUGGAGGGAGCCAGGUAGAAAGAGAGACUGAGAGGGAGAGAGAGAUCCUCACCACCACCACCACCACCACCUGCGCCGGGAGCCAACUUUCCCUCUUGUACAGUAGAGAGUAAAAGAUGCGGUGGGGCGCGCGGCUCCGACCCGCGGGGGUCCUCGUGCUGCUGCUGGCGGCGACAACCACGACACUUGCUGCCCCCGACGACACCUCUAGAGCGGCGGACGUGGGGGAAGAUGCAGGUGUGAAAGAAGACAGCCAACAUCACAGGGCGCGGCGGCAGCUCCUGGACGGCUUCAGACCUACAGUGGAUGGCCUCCUAGCUAUGGAAAGCCUCGACGAGAUGCUUCGUUCAACAAUUCCUGACGUGGACCGCUUCAACUGUGUCGAGCGACUCAUGUGCUCCCUUGCCGCGGGGCAGCAGACGCCAGCAGAGCCAGAGACGCCUGUUGGGCAGUUUCCUGGUUUCGACCCGACCUUCCAGCAGGGGCCCAUCCUGGACCCCUCCACCAUUCAGCAGAGCUUCUCAGGCCUCGCCCAGAACCCAGGUCUCCAGCAGAGCUUCUUAGGCCUCGCCCAGAACCCAGGUCUCCAGCAGAGCUUUCAGGGCCUCAUCCAGAACCCAGGCUUCCAGCAGGGCUUACAAGGAUUCGUACAAAACCCAUCCCUGCAACAAGGUAUCCAAGGACUGCAGCAGGCCUUCCCUUCGUUCCAGAGUCCGACUUUCCAGCCUCAGCCUAUACCGGGCCUGCAAGGAGCCACGUCACCCUUCCUUGGGGGUACCAACUUCCAGAACUCCUUCGCCUCGUUCCGAGAAAAUCCAGACAUCUCCGCCCGCACCGCAGUCAGCGAGACCAGCAAGGCAUCGAACACACCAAAUGUAGCACCACCCAGAACAGACACAGGGCCUCCCAGGUCGCUCAGCGUGCCGCCCCCGCCAGGGGCCCCCAAUGCUGUGCGGCGACGGUGGCCUCAGGUGAGGAGGCGGCCUCAGCGAAGAGGCUUCUUUGACACACUCAGGAGACUUGGCCGCAGGAAGAAGCGCGACGUUUUCGAUGACCUGCUCUCCGGACUGACCUCCACCAGGUUCCUGGGGUUGCUGGACCAGAUGAUGACUCGCUACUCCUUCUACCCGUACACCCACGCCGCCUACAUGGGCCUCAGCGGCUCCCCCCAAAGCUGCGAGACCCUCUACCCGUCGUGCCCCUCCACCGCCGAGGAGAUGAUCGACCUCUUCAACAACAUCCACAGGUAUUACCCUGAUGGUAUCCCCUUCAAGGAUAACCUACCGUGGCCCUUCAAUGUGCUGCUUCCCUAAACACUGCCCGCUGCUGCAGGACCUGCCGUUGUUGACGCGCCGCCAGACUGUCGCUGUUGUUGCCAAAUGACAUGAGUCUUUCGUGGCGGGAGGAUUGUUGUCACCGUCUCUCUCUCUCUCUCUCUCUCUCAAGGAAAAGUGAGUUACAGGUCGGGUUGGGCAGUUCAUCAUGCAAAUUGGCUGUAGCCUUCAGUUUAUUAAUUUCGUGGACUGAUAAGGUUGCUUUAUCACGGAUGUACGAUUACUCAAGUACAGUUUCGUUUUUGGUUGGCAAUAAUGAAAGUCAUUCAUCCGCUGUCAAUCGGCGGAUAUGUAACAUUACAUACUUCUACAUUUCAAUUAACCAGAUUUAGUAGGUGUAGUUAAUGCCUAAUACUAGAAGAAACAAAUGGACACCACAUAGCACUUUCCACAGAGUUAUAUACCAUAUAUAACUCAGUGGCACUUUCUUAACAUCCAAGUACCUUAUUGGCAGCAACCCAUGUAUUAAAGUUAACCUCUUACUCCUUGCUGCAACAACCACUCAAGAAGAGAGAGAGAGAGAGAGAGAGAGAGAGAGAAUGCUGGUCCACACAGUAAACUGAAGAGUUAAAAAGCACGAUUCUUUGGUGUCUCAUUCUUCUUGUCAGGUUCACAUAAUAGCAUGGACAGCAAAGUAACAUAACCAUGUAGUACUUGUGUAGCUAUUAAUGAAAUAGGAACAUGACUUGAAAAUUAGCAUAUAUUCCAAGGACUUAAAUACCAGCAUAUCGAUCCCUCCUUCAUCCUCCCACCUGUGAUAGAUGAUAUUCGUCUUUGUGUAACUAUAACUUCUUGUAUUAUACUGUAGGCUACAUAUAAAAAGGAUUUAGAUACCUCAGUGACAGGCAACAAACUUAUUUUUUUGUAGCUUGGAAUCCAUGCAUGUAGGCUACGCGUUUUGAUAAGAUGACAAAAGCUAUACUUUCCCCCAGAAACACAAAAUGCUCACUGUGAAUGCUUCGAUCCUCUGCACUCACUGCCUCCAUACAACUGUCCUCCCUUGUGUGAAGUCUCAAGAACUCUUUCACUUAUGCUUGUUGUGAUUCUCACCUUACUGUUAUGCACUAUUUAUUGAAUCACACCUGCACCUCUCAAGGUAAAAGUGUUGCACUUGAAUUCACGUUGGCAAAAGUUUCCAAAUCUCAGCUCCCUCUUUCAGAAAGUACCUAUGACAAGGUGGUGAUUCAAUGUUGCAACAUUUCAGCAAUAGCUACCUCCCUCCCUCCUGACAUCGAGUCCCACUGCUGAAAUGAAACUGAAGGCAGUCACCGAUGGGUAGGCCUAACAGGCAGCCUCCCAUUGAUAACGAAAAAGUUUGAUCAUUUUAAUUGUGUACUUCAUGAACAGUACAUUUUCAAUCUCCAUAACACCAAUCCACCACCAUGUCUUUACUUAUUUGACAAACUUUUACA